AUGGCAGAGAGUGUAAUUUACGCGCAGUCGUGCCUUCGUGGCAGAAGCGCGUCUGCACUCACGAGCGCGGGUCACGUUGCUCGUGGGAGAAAAGUGCGGAGUUGGAAAUGGCAAGAGGUGACGUGCGACAGAAAACGACGUCUUGCUCCCUACGAACGCUCCUCACACGAUUGUAUCACGACUCACUCCCGCCUACGAAUUCGUCUUAGAUAUUUGAACGAUGUCAGCUGCGCAGAAAGUACAGCAACAUCCGGCUUUCCAGCAGGCCACUGAUAAGGCCAAUUACUAUGUCAGCCAGCUCGACAAGGAGUUGUCGAAAUAUCCAGUGUUGCAGAACUUUGAGCAGCGAACUCAGGUGCCGAAAACCUACGCCGUCAUUGGUUGCGUGGCGCUCCUGAGUCUCCUGUUGCUCAUUAACGCGUUCGCCGCGCCCGUGUCAAACCUCGUUGGCUGGCUUCUUCCUGCUUAUCUCUCCUUCAAGGCAAUCGAGAGUCCUUCGGCGCAAGAUGACGUGCAAUGGUUGACGUACUGGGUUGUCUUCGGGUUCUUUAACUUCCUUGAGAGCUUUGCACUUCGUCUUGUGUUGUAUUACUUCCCAUGGUACUUUGCCUUUAAGACCAUCUUCGUUCUCUGGUUGCAGCUCCCUGCUUUCCGCGGUGCACAAACCACGUACCACGCUGUGUUGAAGCCGGUGCUCACCAAUGUGUCCUCAAAGUCUUCGGCGUUGUAUCAGCAUCAGCAACCGACGACCGCGUCCGCAGACGGCAUUCGUGACCGUGUUAAUACUGCCACAGUCGACUAAAGCAUGGCGUAUUGUUCCGAGCGAGCCGACACCUUUGAUUUCAGAGUUGAGGCACAAAUGUAGACGUUUCAAUUCACGCAUAAUGCCUUCUUUCUUCCUCUUCUUUGCGUUUCUUUCGAGUCCGAGACCUACAAUUUUAUUCAAUUAUCGAGUUCUAAUGCAAAACGAUAGGCUAGCGUCGGAGUUUACGAAUCUAGUUUCUGCUUUUAUUCCCGAACGUAUGCCAUUGUUUUUAUUGGAGCUGUACAGUUCUUCUAUUUGAAACGAAGCCAUGCGUUACGACUAG